AGUGUAAUGACACAAGAUGCGUAGAAGUUGAUGUGAAUCGGGUUUUUCCUAAGUAAUGUGACGAGUAAGAACAGAGUAGGUUGAUGAACAAGAAGAAUAACGGACAAGACGCCUAAGAGGACGACGCUAGGCUAGCGACGACAGAGGACUGUGCCCUUUUUAUUGUUUAUUAAAUUGUUGAAGUUAUCAGCCUGCGUUAUUAAGUAUAUUCUUGAUUCAUUCUGUUGUUGUGUCAUAUGGACUCGCAUGCACCAGUAACAUAUAUAUACUCAUCAACAAAAUAGACCAUCAACAGAUGUGGCGACCCACGACGGCCAGGGCGUCAUUUUGAUCUACAAUCUAGUUAACUUCGUGUUCUGGAUAUAUCUAUCUACAAUUCUACACUUGGCGAAGUACACUGGAGAAGUACUGGAUUAACAUUCGUUUAUUUCUACUAGAUCUACCCUACGUCUGUGCUAAUUAUCUGGACUGCAGCUGGAUUUUGGCAUCUUUGUUCCAGUGGAUCUAGACUUUCUAUUAGAGAAAAUUCGAAACCGUUACCAGCGUCUAGCUUUGUCAGCCAUGUUGGAUAUUUUUAGAUUGAACUUGGAUCUAUAUUGACUAGAUCUAUAUCUAUUGUGUCUGAAUCCAGAACUAUUUCGUCCGUUGAAGUGAUUUAGGGCAGUCCGUCGUCAGUAUACCUCUACCUAUAUACCUCAAGAGUGAAGAUACCUCAUUUUGUCAGGUUUAUCUGUUUAUUGUGAGUACGGAAAGUCAUCUGAGUCUACAUAUCUAGUAUCUACAAGCUGACCGUUGGAUCGAGUCACCUUGUCAGGUUUGUUUUUCAAGCUAUUAAUUGACUGUUGCAGUGUUGCUGAGCUUACAAUCUAAUCUACACACGAGUGAUGGUAUACCCUACUACCACACUGCGUGACCAUCUAUUCAACUUGUAAAGUUGACUAAUUUAUAUUCAUCAAAAGAGAGAGUUAGACUUAGUCAUUUUUUUUUACCUCUCUUGAGACAGCACCACCAGCUUGUCUCAGUAUUGACUUAUGUUCCUGACCUGAAGACAGAAGCCAGCACCAACAGAUCAUCAAGUGGAACCGGAACCUUGGAACCUGACCAGAGGACUUUAUCUGAGAUUCGUACCAUACUGUGGCAGCACCAGGAGAGAUUGGCCUAACUCAGUACUGCCUGUCGAGUAGCCAUUGUGGGAGCACACCUUGCCUUGCCUAAGACUAAGACAGUGGGGAACUUGUGUGGAACUGACCGUUGUAGCUCCGUGGACUGAACAAAGGGGAUCUAACUAAAGAUAAGUUUAUUUUUUCUCUCCAUUAUUAUUAAAUUAAGUCUAUUAGGGACAGUAGAUCUUUGUUAAGAGCAGGUUGCCUGAUAAGGGCGUCAUUAUAGGACACAUUAGAAAGUGGACCUGCUCCAUUUAAUAAAGUCUCAAUGAUUGUUUAGAUUGUCUUGUUUUGUUCGUAUCCACGUACAUUUUAUUUUUUUUAGAAGAAGAUAACUCAGUAAAAUAUAAAUUGGGAAUUUUAUUAAAUCAAGGGAGAUAAUUAUAAAAUUUCAAUAAUUGAAGUCAAAGGUGUAAAUUAAAGUAAGUAUGAUCAUCUACAGUCAUUAUUUUUUUACAUAAUCAUUAUCAUCCAUUAGUAAAAGGCUAGGUCAGUUUGGAAAUGGUAAGUGGAGAGAAAAUAUACUUAUUGGUACCCAACAAAAAAGUUAGGUAGAAUAAUUUGGAAAGUUGUUUUGACACAAAUAUUACAUUUUGUCUGACAGGAGGGGUUUGGUGUGAUAUGAGGCAACCACCAACGUACAUAUAGCCAAUAACAGUAUUUACUCUGAAAAACUCUGUUUUAUGCCUAUGGAGUCAGCAAAGGCAUCUUCGUAUGUGGACUAUAUACAUGUGUAUUUACUCUGAAAAACUGUUUUAUGUCUGUGGAAUCGACAAAGGCAUCGUCGUAUGGGGACUGUAUACAUGUCUUGAUGGACUUAGUACUAUUGGUUGGUGAAACUAUUACACUGUACUAUACUAUUUUAUCGUCAAUGAGUGAUGAUUAGAACACCGCAUACCAGAUAUUUUCUUACUAAUAACUGUAUUGGAACUGUAUUGUUUUCUUGGUGUCAACAUUCAACUACAGUGUGAACUUUGUGACAUAGGAACAUGGACAAUUUCACCAGGGAACUGAUGAAGAUGGGAAACAUGAUGAUGUCCAUCAAGAUCAAGAUAUAUGUUUGUUUUGUCUUUCCCCAAAAUUUUGGCCAUAUAUAUUGUACAGACAUGACAGUAGGGAUAGUGUUUUAGACUGAAAAAAAAAAAAUUGACAAAAUUUUUUUUUUGAUAAAGGGGGGAGGAAAUAUGUAAUGACACAAGAUGCGUAGAAGUUGAUGUGAAUCGGGUUUUUCCUAAGUAAUGUGACGAGUAAGAACAGAGUAGGUUGAUGAACAAGAAGAAUAACGGACAAGACGCCUAAGAGGACGACGCUAGGCUAGCGACGACAGAGGACUGUGCCCUUUUUAUUGUUUAUUAAAUUGUUGAAGUUAUCAGCCUGCGUUAUUAAGUAUAUUCUUGAUUCAUUCUGUUGUUGUGUCAUAUGGACUCGCAUGCACCAGUAACAUAUAUAUACUCAUCAACAAAAUAGACCAUCAACAAUAGUCAAUACAAGAUCUUACCAUUUUUUUCUAGACACAUGGCAGGAUAAUCCAGAUUUCUCAAUGAAUCGACCACAUUUAGCUCAUUAUCUAUAACUACAUGUUGAUCAGUUAUUACAUUAUUGCCUUCAUUUCUUACGACAUGUUGAUCAGUUGUUAGUGUUACAUCAUUCUCUUCUUCUCUUACGACAUUCACCACUGCAGUUUUGCAUUCUUCAUAGAAUCUGUUUCAGCUGUCUCACUAGAAGUGAUUAUGUUCUCAUUUUCGGGUUUUGAUCGUUUUAAAAACGUAUUCUAGCUCUAUUGGAACUUUCGUUUCGGUUAAAAUUCGCACUAUUAUUAUAUUUUUAUUUUAAUAUGAAAUGCUUUUUUUUUUAUUCGCGUAAGAUUUGUUUUUUCCAAAUUACAAUUUUGUCUAAUUUUCAGAUUUUAAAAAUAAUUUCCAACGACUUUUUCGUAUAUUUUGCAUCAUUAUGCAAUUACAGAUAUACUUAGCGCGAAGCCUAUGAAAGCGCGGGGCCCACUGAGGCCGCAUAGGUUGCAGUGGCUUAAGACCGGCCCUGCCUAAAGACAGAUCUAUUCAACUACAAUAAAGACAUAGAUCUAUUCAACUAGCCUAAAGACAUAGAUCUAUUCAACUAGCCUAAAGAAAUAGAUCUAUUGGGAAUUAGACAUAAAGUUGCAAUUUGUUUAAUUUUUUUUUUAGUGCGCCUAAAAAAAAGAGACUACAUUCACUUGGGCUCGUCAGAAAAGUUUAAUUUAAUCACUUAACAUGUAAAAACAGAUAGAUGCAUAAACAUAGAUAUGUAGGCCUAAGUCAGCGUGUAUUUAAAUUAUACGCCAUCAUAUAAAGUAGUUUAUUAGUUUAAGAAAUCGUUUUCCAAGAAUACAUUCUGGAGAUAUUUAUCUUACACAUUACAGACGAAAGAAAAAAAAACGAUGUUUCUUUUCCUUCUUUUUUUCGUUUUCAUAAGAUAUUUGUAUCUACUAAAUAGUAUUUUUUAAUGUGAACGCCUUAGUCUUUUAUGCCUACUCGUAGCAUAGGUCUACACAAUGUCAACAUGGUUAAAAUGAUAUUAUUCCUAUGAUGUUCAGCCCACUCUAUACGUGAACUUGAACUCCAUGUCUAAUAUUCGUAUUCUUGUAUAUAAAAACGGCGUUAGACUUGGAAAAUAAAAAAGUACCUAAGAAAAAUAUGAAUGCUGCGCGACGAACAAAUAUGCCUACAAUCCCCUAAAAGCAGAUACCCAGGAUUUACAUCGUUGCUCGAAAUGUGUUACAGUUCCCGCUAAAAUAAUUUCUAAUUUAAGGGUUUCCUUCUUUCUUUUUAAAUUUUUAAUUUUAUUAAUGUAAAAAAAAUUCUAUUAUUUUUUUUUUUUAGUAUUCAUCUUUUUGAACCUCUAGAGAGAGCCUCGCAAAAUUUACACUGCUUGUAUAAAAAAAGAGAUUCAACUGUUCUUGUUUUCCCCAGGGCUAUUGUGGCUAUCGGCCCAAGUUUUUACUGGCAACAUCUUGCGGGUUAAAGUUCACCAAGCCUUGGGCUUGAGAUCUUCAGAUAACAACGAUAAUGUCCAAGAAGCCAAAGUCACUGUACACCUUUCAUCCGGUCAGCACAGGAGCAGUCUGUUCACCGUCAGGUCCAAGAGUAUCCAACAUCGAUAUCGUAACAACACCUGCAUACUCAAAUUUAACGGGGUCUUCUAUCUUGACACUUGUGAUGAAGGAAUGACUAAUAAAAGUUUAUGCUUUACAGUCUAUGUGACCACGGGAACCAAUGUAUCUGAGGCUGUAGCUGGUUGCCUCUCGAUAAGUGUAGCUUGGUUGUCACACAACAUGCUUAACAAAGACUCCAAAAUCAUCAACGGCUGGUAUGCACUACUGCCCCUUGAACAGGGUCAAACAGAGCACGUUUUGGUGCUCGUGAAGUCUCCACGCGAGUUGCUUCAUGAUGUGAAAAUCGGACAAUGCUCGGACCAUACUUUCAGCCGUUACCAUGAUGUGAUUGAAGCUGAAUUUGAAUUACCAGUUUCGGACGGCAGUGUGUGCGGAGGUCAUAUCAAGGAAGGGCAGCUAGAGACAGAUGUGGACGCUGCUUUUUGCUGUCUCUUGGGUGAAAACUGCAGUGCCUCUAGCUUGUCAGUAAUAUCAGACAAAGCUUACUGUAAACCUCAAUGCUGCUCAAACACAUCAGCCGACUUUCACGAACUAACUACACAACGAUGUUUAACUCCCAACGCAAAAUGCUUGCUUGAAAACAGCCUGAACAGAACUAAACAUCCUUUAGAAAACAGUGCACAAUUACUCUGCAGUGUAAAUGGAAGGCGCCAAGAUAACAGAUGUUUAAGAGAAGCCCAAAGUAAUGAUAUAAAAGAGGGAAACAACUUCGGAAAAAAUGUAGUCAACUACCAUAGCGCCAACAUGAAAGAAAAACAGAAUAGCUCUUUAAAAAAUUUUCACGCAGAUACAACAUGUUGUAAUACAAUGAUAGUCCUAGAAACUAUCAAGAAUCAAGUUCGCAAAAUAAAACAUUUAAACAAAGGGUGUUAUGCAGCAGUUCAUGUACGAGAUACUACAAACGGUACAAUCAUUGAUAACGUGGCCACGAUUUCUAGGAUGACAGAAUCCGUUGGUUUGAAUUGUUCAGGAAAUGAAUCAGAGAAUUUGCUCUACAAAACUUGGUGCUCGGAAAGGAUGUCAUCGCGAUUGGAAAGCUUCUCGUUUCCUGGUGAAAAAUUCGACCAACACAAUUCUUUUAAUCCCCUCUGUCGAUCCACUGACACACGCAGUCUUUCUGCAUCUAGCACGCCUAUUUGUUCGUUGAAUAAAACAAGCCUGAGUGCUACACAAAGGAAAGUAGUUUGCUUUUAUAAAAACAACUUUUGUUCGGAAAUAGGCAUUUGCCUAACCGAAAGAGACACAGUGCCAAGUAACACAGUCCAGAACAGUUUGGAAACCAGCGCUGAUACUUUUCCUGGCGUUGUUUCAAUAAAACCAAAGCGACUUUUUGUGCAGACGUCUACUCCCCUUACAGCGGGUAGGAGAUUUAAUUCACAUUCUUUGUUGUCUGUAAGCUGCACUUUACAAAACUCAACCCGAGUGCUUGAAAACUCUUCUCGUUGUGAUUUCUCUUAUGAACACAGUAGGCUGGGGCAUGGUGAAGCAUCAAACAUCCACCAAAACAUGCAUGAAAAUACAGUUUGCUUUUGCUCGGAAAAAUAUGACGAAGCAAGCAAUAGUAAUCACCACUACUUAAAAAAUAGGAAUACCAGUGACAUUUCUAAAUCAGCUCUUAUCAAAGCCACACAAUCCUUUGACAAGUCUCUCAGUUACACAAACUUGAAUUCAAGACAAUCUGUAAUCAGCAUAGAUAGUCUUUCUUCUAGUGCUAGCUCUGAUAGCCUCAGCACCGAUCACUCCAGCAGUUCUAGUAACUGCAGUAGCAACUACCAGAUGACAGUACACGAGACAUGCAGAGUCGUCAUCGCAAAAGUGGCCAAACAUAGUGCUGCAGAGAGUAAAGGUUUGAAGCCUGGAGACAGCGUUCUGUUCAUAAAUAACAAUGACGUAAGAUUGCUCUCAAAAGAUCAAGUUUUGAAAUUAUUGAGUCGUAUCAAAGGAGAAGUAAAACUUGAAGUGGAGCGCAAAUUAAAUUUGGAUUGGAUUAAAUAAAUUUAAUAAGUUCAACUUUGUA